UUUUCUUCUUCUUUUUUGUUAUGAUCAGUGACAUUUGGUAAAACGAAAACGUAUAGCACAUGAAAGAAUAAGAAAAAUAUUUUUAGUUGAUAAAGGAACAGAUGUUUUCAAUUGUUUGGUGAAUUAGAACAAUUUCAUUGGUAGAGAGCCUUCAUUCAUACAAUGUUUCGCUCGUAUGUAAGCAAACUUGUUGUGGCUGCCAUAAUACUCAGUCAGGUAGCAUAUUCACAACAGGACAAUGUAAAAAUAGCAAUAAUUGGUGGAGGCAUUGGCGGGACAUCAUGUGCAUAUUAUCUGAAUGAAAUGUUUGAAGAGGAAGCGGAUAUUCACAUCUAUGAAGGAAGCGAAAUUGGUGGUCGGCUUGCCACGGCUACAAUGGGCGAUAAGAAGGAAUACGAAACUGGUGGUUCGAUUAUACACGAACGGAAUAGGUAUAUGUCGGACUUUGUUAGGGACCUGGGUCUUGAACGCCGUUCGCUUCCACCAGAUGCACGCCUUGGAUUGUACAAUGGAAAGACGUUUUAUUUCGUUGAAAGUGAUUACUCCUUCAUGAACAUAAUAAAAAUGCUGUGGCGCUAUGGAUUCGAUACGAUAAGAUUGCAGAGCUUCGUCGAAAAAAUGCUGGACAAAUUUGACAGGAUCUACGAUUUACAGAAAGAAGGUCACACAUUCGAAAACGUUCAUGAUUUGUUGGCAGCAAUGGAUCCGACUUUCCCCAAUUAUUUGAAUGUUACCGUACACGAUGCGUUCGUAAAUGACGAAGGAUUAUCGGAGAGUAUUGUGAAUGAAUUGGUACAGGCGUCCUUACGGUGUAACUACGGUCAAACCAUUAAUGUCCAUGAAUUUGUUGGCUCUGUAUCAAUGGCUGGAAUGAGUGGAAAAUUGUGGAACGUGCACGAAGGUAAUCGUCGAGUACCUGAACGAUUAUUAGUAGAAUCAAAGGCUAAACUGAUCGAAGACUACGUAACAUCGGUGGUCAACAAUCAAACCAAAUAUACGUUGUCCACAACGACAGCUAGUGAUACUUACGAUUAUGUUGUUAUUGCCACACCACUGUCACAAAAUCAACGGAUUCCAUUGCAAUUUAACAAUUUCACAGUACCAAUUGCUGGACUCGGCGAAUACCAUCGAACGGUUAGCACGCUCGUUGUAGGAACAUUGAAGAAAAGCAAAUUCCCAGAGUUUGCUGAUGGCAGUUCAGCGAUUAUACUCAAUACGAAUGACGACGAUUUCUUCAAUUCGAUCGGUAACAUACAGGCAAUCGACGGUCAAAUGGGUCACAAUGUAUGGAAGGUAUUUUCCAAGAAACCAUUAACCGACAACGAAAUCGAGGAGCUAUUUGAAAAUCAUACUGAGGUAAAAGUGGUUGACUGGUUGGCAUAUCCACGAUAUGUUUUACCAUAUCAGGCCAGAUCGUUUACGUUAGCACCGCGACUCUAUCACAUUAACGCAAUCGAGUGGGCUGCUAGUGCGAUGGAAAUGAGUUGCAUAGGAGCCAAGAAUGUUGCGCUGCUGAUCAGACAGAAUAGUGGCAAAAUCGAAGUUCCUCCGGCGACGAAAGGACCCCAUAUGGAAUUAUGACAAUAGUUUUUUGAUGCUGUAAGUAAGUCAAGGAAUUUCAGUCGCUUUGCUUAAAAGUAUUUGAUUUGGCUAGUGCUUUCUUCAGGAGCUAUGUUAACCUUUGGAUUGUUGUGUGAUAAAUAAAGGCUACGUUGUUAAAUUAGA